UUAUGGUAGUUCAGAAAUAUUUCAUCUCGCAUUCUUUGAAUACUGUGCUUAAGUUUCCUUGGUCCAGAAUUGAUACGCGUUUUUUGUACGUACACGUAAAUAUUGUACAUACGAUUAUAAAGGGUGUAUGAGUGCAACAAUGCAUCAUCGGCAAUACAGAGUAAAUUGUUUGAAACACUGAUCUGGUUGUAGGAAGUUUCAAGUACCAGUCCUCAAGAUUCUAUCAAGCGAAUCAUAAGUUUUAUGUGCACAUAUGUAAGCAGGGACACAAACUAACAUUCAUUUGCAACCAUAAAGUUCAGUUUCAUAACUCGUGCUCAGACCCUACAAAACUGCCAUGGCAAUCUAAGGAAUUUGCUCUUGAUCUUCCAUGCAAAUCCCAGACACAAGUUACUGUGCACGUCAAGCUUGCAGCUUUCAAUAAAAAAUCGAUGCUUUCUAGAAUAGCUGGAAAUUCUAGGACGAUGUUUUGGUUGACUGCAGUACUAUUAUUUUAUAUACUCCCAACAAUAUAGUUCCCUAAUGGUAGAACUCAACACAUUUCUCAUGAGAAUUGUUUCGUAAUCUCGUACUAUCAUUCGCUCCUUUACACCCAUACUGCAUAGACAUGUUUUCAAACUAUUGAUACCUUUGAUUUUGAAGUAUUAUUCUUGAACAUGAAUGUGAAAUGGUAUACACUGUGAUAUAAUUGAUAAAAUUAUUGUUGUAAAUUAUGUAUUUAUUCAAUCAUAAUUGUCUACGCCAUAAUCUCGAUCUAUGAUGUAUGAUAAAGAGAAUAAUUAGACAUUUCUGUAGUGGAAUGUAUUUCUUUAUCUUGAAUGAAGAACUUUAAUGCAUAUGUAUUUCAAUGAGUUAUUAUACAUGUGUAUAUUCUAGAUAUCUGUAAGUGAUGAACGUUUAGAUUUAUACUUGAAAUGUCUCUUGUGUUAGGUCAGCUGAGGCCUAUUAGUGUAGUGAUAUACAGACAAAUCAAACAACAAGAUGACCACCAGACAAGCUGGUGGGAUGAGUGUGAGUGAUAUUGUUGUGAUAAACUGGGAGUUUUUUGUACUGUAUUAUUCACUGGAACAAUAUCAACAGAUUUUAAGCUGUGAGGUCGGCUCGAACAAGGGAAUGGUUACGUUCAUCAGUAUCAAAAUGGAUUCAAACACUGUUCAGAAGAGUCCAGAUGAAUUGUUCACAUCUGAUGAAAAUGAUGAAACGGAUAAAACUUUCGAAUUCCGAAAUACACCGGGGAAAGAAAAGAAACAUCGAAAGUUAUCUGUAAUACAGAGUGGAAAAAAAAAAAUUGGAUCAGUGCCGAUAGUUAUGGAGAACUCACGUGAAGCAAAAGAAGAAAUAAUCGAAAACUCGAAUCGUAACACUGAAUACAUGCAGUCAGUUAACAUAAGUGUGGAUACUAAUGAUACUACUUCCUCUGCUGAUGCUAACGAAUCUAAUCAUGCUAGAAAUGAGGGUGUGCAGAAUGCUAAAAAUUUGAUGUUAAAACGUAAAUUACCCCAAUCUGAAGAUCAUUACGAGACAAAGAAUGAUAAUUUUGAGAAAACAGAUAAUGCUGAUGAUAUAUUUCUUACGAGCAAGGUGAAACGUAUAAAAAAAAAUGGUACUCGUAACUCUGUCGCUCAUAGCAAAAAAUAUCAAUUACGAAAGAAUAGUGGAGUAAAUUAUUUGGAAACAGAAAGUUCAGAUAAUGCUGAGGAAAAGGAAUCAGAAUUCAACGGUGAUGUUAAACGCAAAAUUGUGUGGACGUCCAAUGAUCAAGCUAAACAUAAUAAUCGAAUUCUAAGUAUACUAAACAACGGUUCGCUUGGAGAUCUGAAGAACUUAGCACGUGUUGGACCGAAAGCUGCUGAAAUGCUUCUCCAUUUCAGAAGGGCUCAUGGACCUCUGAACUCUCUCAGAGACUUGGAAAAGAUGUCUGGGUGGACUGCAAAGGUCUUCCAGCAAUUCUUGGGAUCCAACGGCAUUGUUCUCGACUGAUUGAUCUGCUUUGUAUGUACGUUUGUUGCAUAGCGCAAUGCGUGCACAUUUUUGUACCGUAUUUUGAUCAGUGGGCACUAAUUGGAUAUUCGAGAUGGAAGUCUACGAAUAUCAACAGCAUAUUCGAAGUGAAUUCUUGAGUGUUUACUAUAUUAUUACAUUGAUAAUACUAUAUAUACUUUCUAUUUAAAUUGUUAUUUUGAUGUUUAGUUUUUGGUACGACGUACCAUGCAAUACAAUGUUAUACAUUCAUAAAGAUAUACAAAGAAUAAAGGGUGUUGAUAUCUACUUUUACUUAACUUGAGCUUCACACUUAAAACUGG